UGUCUUUUCUAUCUUAAAUCAACUCUCCUCACGUUCUCCGUGAAGUCGACGAUGAAGAAGCUGUUGGUGGCCGAGGAAGACGAAGGUCGAGUGAUCAGUCAAGAUGAAGAAGGCUGUCGACCCAUUGUAAAGAAGAAGCGUAUGCAAUUCUCUGCUUCGGAGAUGGAGGAAUGGGAGAAACCUCUGUCGUCCGAAGAUUUUACUGAGGAAGAUACUGACGGUUGGAUCAAGUGUGACUUCUUAUUUUGCACAGUGAAACGUUACAAGAAGCGAGAACGGCUAAUGAGAGAGAAGAGGUUGAAACAGAGUACCCUGUCCCGCCCGAUCGACGUCUACUCCAAGACUGAUGCUGCUGCUAAUGAGAAGCAGGAAAAUUCGAAGGGAGGGCCAAAAUCGAAACAAUCUAGGGGAUGCGUCAGAGAGAAGAAAAAGGCCAGCGACGUCUUUGAGAUGAAAUCAGUACGACUGAUCGACGAAGAACGCCAGGAGCCUACACAAACCAUGAUAAAGAGGCCGAGGAAGGCUGCUGUCGGGACGCCCGAGCCAGACAGGGAGAUCCCUCAGGACAUCAAGAACAAGAUUAUUGAGGGCCUGGGAGGGAUGCUUCUCAGGAACAGCAUCGAGGGCAGUGGAGGAACUGACAUUCUACUUGUCUGCGAGAAGUAUCUGACUGCGAGCGACGUCAAGAAAGAAGAAAGCCGUCUCUUGAUGCCCGAGUCGGUGAUCAAAUCGUCCUCGUUCCUGAAUGAUCAAGAGCGGGAAUUACUCAAGACCCGUGUCGGGAACACGAACAAGAUGAGAGAGAUUCCGGUCAAACUGCUAGAGCCCACCCUCACGAGUUGUGAUCUGGGACUGAGGAGGUGGGAGAUGAGGAAGAACGGGGGCAAGUCCUCCACGGUCUCGUACGUGCUUGCUCGCGGGUGGAAUGGAGUGGUGGCGCGGAAUGAUCUCAAGAAGGGCGAUCUAGUUCAAGUGUGGUCAUUUCGGGUCGGGCUGGAACUUGGUCUCGCUAUGAUCGCAAAGCAUAAUUGAGGGAGAAUAGAUCAGAUCACGUAUGAUCGAUCAUUGUCAGUCGGCCACUAAUUUGCAUGCGGAUCUAGAGCUGAAGGAUCAAUUGAUUAGGGUUUCAGGUUAAAUCUUUAAUUUGUCGUGUCUUUUGGCUCCUAAGUUCUUGAAUGGCGGCUUCUUACUUAGUUCGAAUUCAUGUGGUGACGAGAGAAAGACUCUGACGUCCAC